UUUGUGCACAAGUUGCUUAAAGUUUAUUUGUACAGUUGGGAGCUCCAGGUUCUUGCUCGCUGGUUCUCUCUCUCUCUGUCUCUCUCUCUCUGUCUCUCUCUCUCUCUUUCUUUCUUUCUCUUUCCCUUUCCCUUUCCCUUUCCCUUUCCCUUUCCCUUUCCCUUUCUGUCCGCCUCGAGCUUUUCAGGACUGUCCCACCGAGCCCGAGAGGCAGAUUCAACCACUCAUGAUACAGGUUACGCUGAAAAUUCCCCCAUCCCUCCACUCUCGAGCAGCGAGCUCUCUAUUUUAAAGAUCAAAUCAAAGUAAACCACAAUAAGCGACUUUGGCAGAGAUGGAUUUUGGGGCCUAGCUUUAAUCACUUUGACUACCGCAGAAGAUAAUUACUUCCUUUGCUCCAAUAGACUCUCCAAGUUUGGAAAGGUUUUGUUUAGCAAGGAGUAGUUACUGCCGGCGAUUAAGAAAAGGGAAACAAAAUAGAUAGGGCUUGAUAUUGUCUAGGCAGUGUCUUAUGGAGGCAUGACAGAGUUGGAGGCGUGCUGAUAUGGUAAUAAUUUUUGGAUUGGCAAAAUAUGUUGCGCAUCAGAGCUGGUGUUAAAGUGGCGUAGAUUGUACUGGAGCGCUUAAGAUUCCUCUUUUCUGCAUUGGGUUGUGCAGGAAGCUUUAGCUACGUAUAUAUGUCCAUCUGUGAGUGUGUAGUGUGUUUCGGUAUGCACAUUUAUAACAUUGCUGUAACUUUUUCCAGAUCCUAUAUAUAAAUAUAUAAAUAUAAAACAUAAAUAUAGAUACGAAAAUUAUAUGCGUGUGUGCACCUAUGUACAAAUCUAUGCACAUGCAUGUGUAAAUCUGUGCACAUGCGUAUGUGUAUCUAAUAUCAGUGUAUUUAUGUACAGACGGUGUGUGUAUGUGUGUAUACUUAUAUACGUUAUUGCGACUUUUUUUUUUAAGCGAGCCAAUUGACUGUAACUUGUAGCAUUAAUAUAAGAGACUACAGGUCAUUAGAGUGCUGCAAACUAUGAAAUACGGGCUUGGUUUAUUGAAGAUUGUAAAUAUCCCCACAGCUCUGUGCUCUGCCUCACUCCUUCUAUAGCUGGCUGGCCAUUGUGGGGUAGGCCCCAGCUGCAUGUUUACUUCCACAUUCUUUUUAUUUAAGUAGACUGUUCUCACCAGAGUGUGAUUACUCAGCAAUAAACUUUAUGGCCGGAUUUAACUUUAGUCUUUGAAUUUCCAGGGCUUGAAUGAAAGGGUGAAAGGAACUCUGUCUUUCUCUGGGUAGCACUAAGGCCUGAUCCUUACCCAUAUGACUCUUACUCUAGGCAAGUAAUCUCAGGGAGUGCGGAUGGACUAGUCGGGUGCUAGGGAAGAGAUCUGAGAAUUAGUUUCAAUACGUAUGUGUGCAAACCAGCUGCGAGAAUCUUGCAUCCUGCUCAAGUUCGGGGUGGAAGUGAUUCAGCACGAACGUCUGGGCAGAUUGCAUUGUUUUUCCUCAUGUGUCACGAACUCGAGCUUGAAGAAGAAAUGGGUUUUGGGGAGCGAUAUGAGCUUUGUUUUAUUUUGCUAGUGCUCUUCUGUCGGAAUAUUGCAAUUUACGUUAUAUGUGGUGCUGCCAGCAAAAUGAGAGAAAGGUAUUGGGGUACAGAAGAAUAAUUAAGAUUGUUAUGUGCCUCUAUAUGGUCUGCACGGGGUCCAAGAAUGCCAUUGCAGACUGAUCCUAUUUUUAAUUUAUUCCCCUUUAAUAAUAAAGGAACAGUAAUGAUUAAUGCUGGUUCACCCAAAAGAUUUAAUAAUUUUAAAAAAUUUUAAUAAUUAGAGUCACCCCCCUGUGUAAGAUAAAUGGAGUCUGGAGCCUUUUGUGUUUGUGUAUCUUUCUAGGAGCACGAAACAAAAUACAUACGAGUAUACUCUAUAUUAAAAAUAUGGAGAAAACUUGAAAAGUGCAUAUUCAAAUGCACAUUUGGAAAAUCAUUUCCAUAAUAAACAGCUGGAGAUUUUAUAGUACAAUAGUUGUCAUACUUUCAUCAAUAGGAAUACCAGAAAGUUACAUAUGAUAGGCACAUAAUAUAUUAUAUUGUAUGCCAUAAAAUUUUAUAGCGUGAGGCAAAGGCAUAAAAACACUUUAAAAGUUUUGGCUUCUUUUAUAUACGGGUUCUUUGCUGAAGGAAAAUCCUCUGCUUGUCGCAUAGAAAGAUACUAUCUGCAAACAAUUCACGAUUACUCCAUAUUCAGCAACAUUGCGUUAUUAGAAUUAUCUGAUAUAUAUACAAACAAACACACACACGUUCAACUAAUAUUUUAGAAAUUUGUAUAUCAUCUCAGAUUGCGAUUUUUCACUGAGUGGAGUAAAAGGAUUUGCUACUAUUAUUUUCACAUUUUUUAGUGUAGUUCCUAGAGUAUAUUCUAUGUAAUGCUGUGUACAGAAAUUCAAUAACUGUGGAAAAUGAAAAAUAACAGAAACCCCCAUAGGCAUAUAAACCGGCAAGUACUGUAAGAAACUCUGCAAUAGCAAAACAAAGUUAUCUAGAAAUGACAAGUUUUCAGUAUUUCUGGCCCUGCCCUGUCCUAACCAGGACAGUUUAAGUCCUUUAACACCAGCAAUGCAUUAAGGUUUUAUAAUCCACUUCGCAAUUUAAAAUUCAAACAACUUCAGAAUGUCGAACUCUAAAAAAAAUAUUCCCAGGUCCUAAUUGUUUUCAGAGUGAAAAUGUCAUGGAGAAUAAUCGCUUGGAAUCAAGAGACAGUUCUUAUCUGUGCACAUUAUUUUUCUACUGUGUUUGGGGGAUUAAUGCGUGCGAGUUUGUUUUACUUAAGGCAUGGCAAGUGGCGUUCUGCACAUUGAAAUAUAGUUUACCUAAUCCUUUGAAAGAAAUACUUGGGUGUAGUGUGUCAUGUCUGAGCGUAAGGCCAAUUAAAGAUUAGGCAACUCUCUUAAUGUGUGUAACUAGCGACUUUAUAAGUCAUAACUUUCUCUAAACCAGAAGUAUAGCAAUUCGAUUGAAAGUCAUCCGUAAAUUACAGCUCUGCAGCGUUGGCUAAGCCCUGCAAACGCCCUAAUUGCAGAACAUUACGGGGAAAUUAUUAUUCUGCCAUUUCCUUACAUUUAAUAAGUGUGUAUCUGUGGAAGGGUGACAAUACAAGGGUUUGCAAUCUGCUGCAUGGGAAAUUGAACGGAACAGAUCAGGAGGGGCGGAUCAGGAGGUUUCGAUUUCAAACCCUGGAUACUGGAGCAAUGCCUUUUCCCUCCCCGCAAAUACAGAUUUAACGCGUUAAAAGCAGACAUAAGUAAAUCUCCUGACCAAGUUAAGACAUCGCUUUGCUUUCUUAGCUCUUUCUCUUUGCUGCCCUUAAAAUAUUCCCAAUUUAUUGUUAGAGAUGAUAGUCAGAGCGCAGAAAUACAGCUCCCACAGCCGCCUGAUCAUAUUUGAAAAUAUUAUCCCUUUAAAUUAAAGCAUCCUCACUAAUGUCUCUCUGGAAGGCAAAUACUCAUGGACCAUCACAGUCACAUGUUCGUGUAGCUACACGCACAAGCAAUAUCAGAUCUGACACAAACAGCGUGUAAGAUUUGCAAGGAUUUCGCCUUAUAACGCACAGAAGGAAUCUUUCCUAUAUCCCCCCCAAAAUGUCUUUUCAAUAAUAAUAUUUGCUAUGAAGGUUAUUGGGUAAUUAUUGCAAUUUUUGUGGAACAGUCCUUGCUUGAGGUGAAGUCUGUCUCUGGAUAACAAAUGGCAGCCCGUGCAGUUCACUGCCAGGUUAAGUAAAUGCAGAAAAGAUAAAUCUGCACACCCUAGGAAUCACCAGCAGAGCUCGCUUUAGACCAAGUUCACAGUCAACUCGUUUGCCUAGACAAGGCUUCGCAAACAAUUAGAGUUGUUUCUUUAUGUUUAAAUCAAGGCGAAAUGACUAAGACCCUAGCAGCAGCGAGCCCCAGCUUUUCCCCCAACGCUAGUCGCUACAUUCCUUCCAACCUCACGCCCCAAACUUACCCAGCGUUUCACCUGCAAUUGUAACCAUAAAGCGCCUUUGAGUAACAGGCUUCCCUCCAACGCUGGCGAAAGGGUGUGCAAACUGAUUUAACAGCACUUUACCAAGCUGAGAGGUUAAAAAUAAAAAAAAAAGCAAUUAUUAAAAAUGCAAAAAUAUCCGUAUUUCUCAACAACAAGAAGAAGGAAAAAAAACACAUUAGCAAGCUGGGGGAAACGGCAGAACUAUUGAAACAGACAGUGCGAGUCGCUUACUCCUAAAAGAAGCUGCAUAGCUUUUGUAUAUCUUUGUGGUUAAGGGCGUUACAACUGCAGGUCAAAAAGUUGAGGGUCAAAAGUUUACGUUUUGCACCACUCUUAGUCAUUCGCCCAGACAGAGUUUGAUGUCAAUGUUAUAGCCGAGAUCUUGACUAUCAGCACAAAAGAUAAAAUAGCUUUGAGUUACGUGUGUAUCACAGUAUGGACUCCAGGUGAACCCUACUGGCUGAAUGACCUCAAUUACCGAGGAAAGGAUAGAAAAUUCCUCUUUUCAAGAGUAAUACACGUUGUAUUUCAUCUUGAAUUAUCGGCCACAUUUGUGGCUGAAUAUCUCGGGUUCAGCGCGGCAGGUAAACAUGCAUGUUACCCCCACACCAGCCACUGGUGCUGUCUCCUCAAAGCGUCAGGUAGCAAAAUGUUUCAUCCUUGUUUAUGAUAUAAUAACCUGUUUAAAGAGGUUUAAUGUUAAGCCUUCUCACUUUGCAAAAUGGCAGGAAGAUAAGAUAGGAGCAAAGCUAUUAACGUGUCUAUCGAUCCUAGCUGCGUCUUUGUUUUUGCUCUUAUUUCUGUAGCGACCACUAAACUGUGCUUAAACAGGACACGCUGGAGAUAAAACUGGCUGGUUAUACGUUUAGUUCGAAAGAGCUCGUUUAAAAAGCAGAGCGAUGGGGACAUGUUGUGCUACCGAUGGGAAAUGCUGCUGAGGACCCGGCGCCCCUGCGCCGCCCGACGGUGCGGGGGGCUCCCGAGCCUGCUGGAAGCACCCCGAGACGGCGCUUCGCGGUGAAAGGAGCGUCCGAGAGGCAGGAGGGUGUCCCCUUUCUCCAAAAAACGUUUAGUGGGAUUUCUUUGUGCAGGGAGUUAUUUCCACGUUGCUGGGAUUUUUUGUUGUUGUUGUUCCCAAAGCCGCCUCAGUGUUGAAGCUCUAACUCCUCAGUUAGGCGUGUCUGGAAGAAAAACUGGGUAAUAUUAGCAGGGAAUUUCAUUUUGAGGGGAGACAACUGUGCACCGCUUCCGGAUUGAGGCUGAAACUGUACGGAUCGGGGUCUGUGGAAGAGGGAAAGGGUUUUCCAAAAUAUUCAGAAGCAGAUGUGAAAGGUGUGGAGGAGGGGGCAGUGCAAUGAGGAAGCCAGAGCAAGAGUGCACCUCGCCGCCAUCCAUGCGUAGCUGCUUCUCGACCCCAAAGGCAGGCGUGUACACCGUCCUCUAUGUACCGGGUACACGUGAAUUAUUUGCCAGAGACACAGCUGGAUCAUGGUAUUCUAGCGAUAUUUCUCGAGAACAAAUAUGCGAGGUGUUAGAUUUCAGAUUAGCCGAAGUUAUUGUUGGAGAUUUUGCCUAAAGUACCUGCUGAAGCGAAGAAAGCGUACAUAAGUAUUUGCUGGGCAUGCAGACAUUGUUCACAGGAUCCUACUGCUGCUAACUUGUAGUGAGCCCCUGUAUUACACAUCUGGGGAGCCUUUUCUCACUGGAGAUAUUCUACAACCUUUCACGUCUAGAGUAUUUAUUUGGUGUAAGAGCAAAGUCUGAUAACAAGCUAAAAACACUAGCCAAGUAUCUAUUUUGUUAAAGAAUAGUAGGCAGAUUGUUUCCAAGAAUAACAAUGCGUCUUUCAUACUGCCCGAACGAAAGCUGUUACUGUAACUGGGUAACUCAAGAGUAGGUGACUGAAAUACAUGUUUCCUUAUCAAAACAAUUAGUCGCUCGAAUUCCAUAUUUUCAAUCUAGUUUAGAAUAAAAAUAUCAAUGAGAAUAUUUUCAAAGAAGUUCAAACUGCAACUUCAACAAAUAUUGACUCUUCUUAAUUGUUGUUUAAAUUAUGCCUUAAAAAAAUAAGGAGCAGAACAGUUUUUAAUUCGAGACGCACUAUUUCUUUCCUUUCACUCUCUGCAUUCAGCACAUGGCAUUCUGGCGCGGAAGGUCUGGUCAAAAGACCAUUCAUUCAAAACCCGAGCACAAAUCACAUUUUAUAUGUGUUUAUUUAACCACGCCAGGACAGAGCGAGCAAAUCCCGCCAAACAUCCAGUUGUUACGAACAUAUCCUAUGCCAGCAAAGUCAUCGCUUUUGUAAAAUGAUGAACUUGGGGCAAAAACGUGAGCGCCUUGCCCCAGGGGUGACCAUGGAAAACGCCCGCUUGCAAGGGCGAGAGGCAGUAGCUGUGUCGAGGGCUUUGGAGAGCCGGGAACAAAGGAGGGGAUACAGUCGAUACAUCCCAUAACGUUUACAUUUUCCCGCGAUUUUUUCUUAAUUUUCUCUUAGAAGUAGUGACCUGGGCAAAGCACCCUGCUAUCUAAAAGACACUGUUAUAGACCUUUUAGAAAAACUAAGUCCAAGGCCGAGGUGAACUUCAGGUCACCGCGUCUAACAAAUAUGAAAAUGUCGCCUGGUGAAGGGCACGCCUUGUUAUUUAACAAAGACUGUCAAUGUGUAAGAUUAAUAAGAAACAAAAUGCACACGGUGUCACUUUUCGGUCACUUUGAAACUUGGGACAGCCUUGCAUUCAAGAGGGGAAAGCGGGGCUAAAUAUAUUCAAAAUGGUUUAAAUCAAAUUCAAACCAGGCUGCUAGCGCGAUUCUGUCUCCUCCGUCCACUUUCUGUGCAGGGAGCCCGGGCACAGCGAAAGGUUGACUUGAAUUAUGAUUACUAUUACGAUUAUUGUGAUUAUUUUCUCUUUCGUGGUAGUUGUGCUCUAGCCGCGCACGUGGAAGCUAGCAGACGUGCUUGCACGUGCAGGAGAAACAGGGGGAUCCCCCUGUGCCACUGUUUGGGUAUGUAUGAGGAUGGCUCUUCUUGGUGCAUGGAGAUUAACUCUCUCACUCUCAACUUGAUUUCGGUGGACACCCCAUCUCUUCCUCGGCCCUAUUCGGCCGGUAAACGCUCGGUCCUUUAUUAACUGAUUAAAUUCUCCUCCACCAGUUAAAGCGAGCCUUUAGUCCUUCUAUAAAAAUAAGGAACCCAAGGGACUUUUUCUUUUUCUUUCCUUUCCUUUUCUCCCUUUAAGCGGCUAGAAUGAUGCUACAAGUUUGUAAAGGGAAGUACCAGGGAAAAAAAGGUUCUGAGAUUGUUUAUUACAGCCAUAAAUCUUGCAGUAAAAUGUCGAAAUGGCCGUGUGCAAGAUAACACUUGGUGGUCUUGGCUGGGUUCUUGUUUAUGAUAACAAAACCACAAAGACAUGGAACAGGCCUUUUGGAGGUCCUGCCUCAGCACAUCUUUGCGGACUAAAAGAGCCACACGAAAAAACAGACUUCAGCUCAGCAGCUCAGGUCACCUUGUAAAUUUAUAGUCGUAUACAAAAUUGCAUCCUUCUCUGUUUAACCAAGCGCCAGAGACACACGGUAGAAAGAGGUGCAGUUAAACAAGUAUACUUUGAGAUCUAAUCACGAUAAAUAAUGUGAAGCAGAACCUGGUCAGCUCUCCGAAUAUAGCACUGAGCGUGCAAGUUGAGGUACCAGUUUUCGUUGUGUUUCGCUGUGGCUUGGAAGCAAGGUAAUCUGCUGUUAUGGUCUAGCCAUGGUGUCUCAGGACUUCCCUUAUGCCGAAGAUAAUAUUUACGAUAAUCCAGUGUAAUUCAUCUGGUGCUGCCCAGCAGGUAUUUGUACGAAUGUGUCUGCAUGUGUGCAUGCUGUAUCUCUUUACGCCGGGAAAUGCUCUCUCCUCGUGGUGGUCUUUGAGAAUCUUUUAUUUCUACGGCAAUGUAGGUUGGAGCUUUAUUCUUUUACAAUAUUUCUUUUAAUAAAACAGUCUCUUCUUUCCUGUCAAACGUGUGUUGCUGAACAGUUGCGGCUGUCUCUAUCUGCGUGUGUGUAACCGCAUUUCCUUUCCAUGCAGAGUAAAUAGAGAAACUUAUCUAUUACACCAGUUAAAGAGCUCCAUAGAUGUGCUGUUGGAAAUGAAGGUUCUGAAAGGCAUUCUCUUGGAAAAGUCUGUGAAGACGCAAAGGAUUUUCCUGGAAAAAAAAUGUGGUCAUGUGUAAAGACACAGCAUCUUGGCUGUCUGCUAAAAAAAUGUACACUCACUUGGUGGAGAUUGAACCGCGGACUGCAAAAUAUCCCAUGGCAGAUUAUCAUCAUUUAAGAGAGCCUGGGCACCGAAAAACGCCGAUCUGCUCGGCCGGCAGAAGCCGGGGACAGUUCAGUCCGACUCUUUGCAAUUUUAAGAGGUCUGCCCGGAGUGGCCAUUGGAGGAAGAGCGCCACGUGACAGAGGGGUGCCAAUGUUAUUCUCCAAGGGUGUCAAGACCCUGUCAGUUUGCGAAAUAAAUAUUGGGAAACAACGAAAUGCAAAAAGCGACCUACUACGACAGCUCUGCAAUCUAUGGUGCCUACCCCUACCAAGGAGCAAAUGGUUUCCCUUAUAAUGCGAGUCAGCAGCAAUAUCCUCCGUCUUCAUCACUUGUGGAAACUGAGUACCACCGCCCCGCGUGCUCCCUCCAGUCCCCCACCAGCUCCGUGUCCCACCACAAGGCCAAUGACAUCAGUGAGAGUUGCAUGAGGACCCUCCCCAGCCAGCCUCUCCAGCCCCCCGGCCUCGCGGACCCGCAGGCCCCGCCACAGCCACCUCCAGCCCAGCAGGCGCAGCCUCCACCUCCGCUCUCUGCCUCACCAUCUCAAAAUGCCAGCAGCAACGCUGCCCCAGCCAACCCCACCAAGAGCCCGGCUCUUAACUCGCCCACCAUGUCCAAACAGAUAUUCCCGUGGAUGAAAGAGUCUCGGCAAAACACAAAGCAGAAAAACAGCAGUUCCAGUUCAGGUGAGAGUUGUGCUGGUGAUAAAAGCCCUCCAGGGCAAGCCUCCUCUAAGCGAGCCCGUACAGCUUACACAAGUGCCCAGCUGGUAGAACUGGAAAAGGAGUUCCACUUCAAUAGAUACCUUUGCAGGCCACGAAGGGUAGAGAUGGCUAAUUUGCUCAAUCUCACAGAAAGACAGAUCAAAAUCUGGUUUCAAAACCGCAGAAUGAAAUACAAAAAAGAUCAAAAGGGCAAGGGCAUGAUGACCUCUUCAGGAGGACAGUCCCCAAGCAGAAGCCCUGUCCCUCCAGCUGCUGGGGGAUACCUAAACUCUAUGCAUUCUUUAGUAAACAGUGUCCCCUACGAGCCCCAGUCGCCUCCACCAUUUAACAAGCCUCAUCAAAAUACCUAUGGCAUCCCUGCGUCAUAUACUGCUCCUCUUAAUAAUUGUCCACCUCCUCAAAAGAGAUACACGGGGACAGCAGCUGUAACACCUGAAUACGAUACUCAUCCUCUUCAAGGCAACGGUUAUGGGAAUCCACAUAUACAGGGAAGCCCCGUCUAUGUAGGGGGCAACUACGUGGAGACCAUGACCAAUUCUGGGCCUUCCAUCUUUGGUCUAACUCAUCUCCCUCAUCCUCCCUCUGCCAACAUGGACUACAACGGGGCUGGGCCAAUGGGCAACAGCCACCACCAUGGACCUUGUGAUCCACACCCGACAUACACAGACCUUACUGCUCACCAUCCUUCUCAGGGAAGAAUUCAGGAAGCGCCCAAACUCACCCAUCUGUAAGACACAGGAGUCACUAAGUGGAACAUGAAGUCCCCAACUUUUUAACAGUACUUGCACCCUCCCCUCUCUCUUUCCUUCCCCGACUAUGUGCCCUCUCCUCUCUUUCUUGUUUUCUUUUUGUUCGUUUUGGUUUUGUUUCCUUUGGUAAAAGCGUUCUCUAGUUUAUGUGACGUAGCAAUAUUUGUUGCUUGAAUUGCUCUAUAGUUUCACUAGUGGAUAUUUAUCUUCUUGAACUGUAGCCUUGUGUCUCACUUUGGGAGUAUACAUAGGCUUUAUACUUUACCUUCUACACUUUUAUCAAAACAGGGUAUAUGAACAAAUUUUCUAUAAAAGGAAUUCUUAAAUGUGAAUUUGUUCGUACAUGAUUGAUCCCACGGGGAAGCAAUUUUUUUUAUUGCACUUCUUUUAAAUAGCGAGAAAGACAUCAAAAGCGCUUGGACAGGGGCUCCCUGGACAGUUAUUAAUACGUGUAAGUCUUUCAAUGUGUGUAUGCUGGUGAACAUUCAGAUUUAUUUAUAUUUUUUUUUUGCAAACAUUGAAUAAUCUAAGUGUUUAAAAUUUUAUUUAUCCCCAUUUGUUCAUAUUUAUAUAUAUAUAAAAAAUCUGUACCCUGAAUAUUCAGGAGGUAUUUACCUGGCCAUAUGUUAGAGGACAUAUCGGCAUGUGUAGGAAAUAUCAUUUGAAAGGAAACUAUAACUCCUUUAUUAAAAAUGAUGAUAACGAUGAUGAUGAUGAUGCAAUAAAAUCUGGGAAAAAGAUCGCAGUUUGAAUAAUUUAUGCUUGCAACAUCCAGCUAGGCGGAGAGUCUGUAAAGCUGAAAAGGCUAGAUUUGUUUUGAAAGUUAUACAUUCCUUGCUGCUCACGUUCUGAAAAAAAAAUAAAGUUUUUAUUCUGAAUAAUAAA